CUACUGCAGGCGCAGGAAGUGAUUGACGGGCGUAGAUUGCCGCGAUGUUUUGAACAUUUUAACACCAUAUGUUCCGUUGAUUCAUAAGUCCCCUCUGCAGGCUUUGUGCUGUCAUCCUUGGUCACGGUGUUGCACCUGGCAACAUAUCUUGGCGCGUGAAUCUGAGUGGUACUCUCUUGCGUGCAUGCCAUGUGCGCUUUGCGCAACAGCCAUACUGACCAUACAACAGGUCGAAGCAUGUGACUUCAUCUGCGUGGUGGUUGCAUAGAACAUCUACAGCCGACGUUGCGCUUAUUCAGAGACCGUCAACAACUUGCUUAGCUGUGUGUUACGUGCGACCGAAGCGUGAAAACUGUGCCCCAAAAUCGUGGAUGACCGUGAACUAGCUUGUUGUCGGUCAUUGCGCUGUAGAAUCACCAGCGCAAUAAACGAGACUCGAGUCGAGCAUGCGAAUAUGUUCUGAGCGGCGUGUCGGUGAGUUGCAACGUGACACUUCUUCACUGGCAGCAACCUGUGUGUGUGUGUGCAACAUAGGCAUUGUGACAAAGUUGUGUUAACUGCACUUAUUCACCUUGCGUAAUCCGUCAAAGCCUCGUCGACACCGCGCUCCUUAAUUGCAACCACAGAAACUGGGCUGGCAUCAUGAGCGAAAGUGAUGAAAGUAGUCGGGGCACCAAAGAGAGGCGCCGGAGACGCACACAGUCACCAUUGUGCACUGCGGGGCCAACUAGUGAGACAGAGGAAACCUUCAUUGAGGAAGCAAAUGGUGUUCACAGAAAGAACACGAAAAAGAAAUAUUGGGACUUGUCCAUGUGUGACAGUGAUGAGCACAGCGAAGGAAAAAAGAAACAUAAACGCGGGAAGCAACGCAAAAGUGCUGUAGGAGAAAAUUCUGCCUCUGGUGAAGAGGAAAUGUGCUCUGACAAACAUCCCGCAACUUUGAACCCCCAUUCCCUCGCUAGUGACGAACUUGUUGAGGCGAGUCAAGGAGAAAGGAGAUGCAAGAAGGUGAAAAAACGAGGUGUGCACUGUGAUAGUAGCGAAGUUGUGGAUGCGCCUUGUGUUGAAGAAACUGAGGAAGAAGUUGAAGUUCAUGGCAAGAAGAAGAAGGAGGGUGAUCGGACUCCCGAGUAUCACGUUAAACGUCACAAAAAAAGGCAUGAAGCACUGCAGGGCAACAGCAGUACUGAAAGUGACACACUGCUUUACAGUGGCGAGACUUGUAAGGAUGACACUGCACUGCCAAAUGACAAAAAUAAAAUAAUGUCUGAGGCAGGUGACAGUGACAGUCAAACUAUAAAGAGUCCACACAGAAAGAGGUGUAAAAGUAUCGACAGGUAUAAUCAGGCAGUCAAAAGUCCAAAUCAUCGAAUGAAGCAUUUUAAAACUAAUACUCCUAACCAUAGAGAUAGUACAGUGCUAUCCAGCAUGACUGAUCAAAGGGGUAGCAUGACCUCUGAACAUGCUGACAAUUUUCUGCAUAAAGGCGCAAGCCCAGUAAAAGCACCGAAGGUUUCCUCGCAGAAGAAAAAGCGAAAGCUGGCUAACCUAGAAGGCAAUGCUGAGGCCUUGUUUUGCGAUUUCAUUCAUGAUAUUGACGUGGAUUUGCCUGAGACCAUGGAGGAAACUACAUCGACAGUGCCAGUUCCAGAAGACCUUGAUAAUGAGAAAAGUGCAGAUGGCAGUUCUAUAAAGGAAAAGGCAAAGCUUCACAACCCCCAAAAGCUGGGAAAUAGCAAAAUGCUAUCAAAAGCAGGUGCAGGCAAUUUUAGUUCUGCAGCCCAAAGGUCUGAAAGUACCUUGGCAGAUGAGAGUGAUGCCCUGUUUAGUAGCGAGGGUAGCGGUCGUGGUACAUGUAGUGGGGACAUGUCUGAUGUUCUCACACCAGAGCAGACGCAGCAUUCUUCAGCCUUAUCAAGCUUUUCACCAAGCACGCCUAGUUCAAAGAAAGGUACACCAGUCUCUAAAUCCAACACCCUGUUGAAGCCAUGCAAACAGAGCUAUAGGGAAAAAGCUGCAGCAUUUAACGAUCUACGCACUGAACUGUUUGAAGGAGCUUCAUCAGAAACAGCAUUUCGCAAGGAUGGAGAAAAGUCAAGCUCUCCUAUUGAUUCGGAAUUUUUGGAUUACUUGCGUGGCAAACAUGGCUUCCCUUCUAUUCAUGACAAGACGAAACCAUCACCUGAAGCAAUAAGGUGCUACGAGGAAGAAACAGGACUUACUAUUGAUAAUGGAAAGUACACUGCUAAGGAGGACCAUAUUCUUCUCAGGAAUAUUUAUGGCAUAGCAAACUAUUACAACAUCCGUUAUCCUUACAUGAUUGUGGGACACUGUGGAGAUCAUGACCCGGCUUUACAGAAGCAAGUAAAGGACUUGGUUAGACAAGAGAAGUUGCUGCGAAUAUUAGGUAGAGGAUUGCCUCGCAGGACAAUUCAUUCAGCCUAUAUGCGGGCUCGUAUUUUGUUGAAUCCCUUAGGCGAUCCUGCAAAGGCAGUGCUAACUCCAGAACAGAAGAAACAGGUGCUGCGCAUGUAUGACAUGGUUGGGCCAAAAUGGACAGAAAUGGCACAGAAGAUGGGCCUUGGAGCAGAGCAGUUGAGAAGUGCUUUUCGUUUUGUCAAGGACAAAGAAACUUUCGCAACUGGCAAGUGGGAAAAAUCGGAAGACGAUCUCCUCAAGGAGGCUGUUGAACAUCAGACUGGUGACGGGAAGACAAAACUGAAGGACAUCAACUGGCAGGCAGUUGCUCAUCAUGUACGAAGUCGAAAUGCAGUUCAGUGUAAGAGGCGGUGGACCUUGACACAGCUGAAACAUCAGCCUAAGAAGGGAAAGCGGAAAUGGAACAAAUUUGACUCUAUUCACCUGAUCUGCAUAAUGCACAGGCUCAAUGCAAGCAGGUCAUCGGAAGUUGACUGGGAAGCUGUAGGAGAGUCAUUCCCAUGGGCACCAUCCCCCUUGGUUGCCAAGUAUCACUGGGAAGGCACACUGAAUUCUUAUCUCCCACCAGACAAGCGCAAGGAUUUUCAUUCUAAGGUAAAGAAUUUGUACAAGAUAGCACUGCCAUUCCUGCUAGCAAAAUAUGGGAAAGGAAAUACUUUGGAUGAAAUUAUAGCACUUUCUAAGGCUCAAGAAGGCACUUAGAAAAGCCCAUGGCAGCAUAUUUGCCCUGCAUCCUCCACCUUGUUUGGCUCACUUUUAUUUGUGAAGCUGCUUUCUAUUUUUUCUACCCAUCUCAUUCAUGGUCAUCGCAUGUGGAAAGGACAGAACAGUGUUAUGUUUGUUAUACAUAAUGCAUUUUCAUCAGAAGCAUGUACAAUAAAUUUUUUCUUUGGCCUUGUUAAACUACUACCUGUU